UCCUGCUCGACUUGCACUCAGGAAGUGUGAAAGUGGAGCGGAGUGAGAAUUGUUUGCGAUGGAGUCGAAAACAUUACCAGUGCCUAGCUGAACAUUGCCUUGGUCCCGAACACACCCAGGAUGGCUCUGAUUGAAGGUGUAGGGGACGAGGUGACUUUGCUCUUUGGAGUGGUGUUUCUAGUGCUGGUGCUGGUGCUGGCCUGGGCCUCCACUCAUACUGCUGACCGCUCUGAGCAGCUUUUCACCUCAGACCCGACAACCUCCACAGUCCCCCAGCACAGGACUGGAACCCAGAGCACACUGGGAGCAACAGCACCAUCCAGCACAGACCACCAGGAAACCACUCCAGCCCCUGACAGCCAGGAGGAUGAGGGAAAGAUGCCCCCAUCAGAAGCAGGGGGGGAGGAGGGCCCAGAGAGAGCGAGCCAUGAUGGUGGGGUGUUCAGAGAAGGUCUGCGACACAGAGAGACUGCAGGAAGUCACCUAAUCAGUCCUAGUCCUUCCGACUUCCCUCAGCCCAGUGCUUCAAAUGCCGAUGCCCAGCCCUCCCAAGGUGAUUCCAGUGACCAGAGGAACAUGGUGCUCCGGCUUAAAUUCUUAAAUGAUACUGAAAGAGUGGCACAAGUCAAGCCUGAGGACACCAUUGGCUAUAUAAAAAGAACUUACUUUGCAGGCCAGGAGCACCAGGUGCGGUUGAUAUACCAGGGACAGCUUUUGCGAGAUGAUGCCCAGACCCUUGCUUCAUUAAACCUGCCUGACAACUGUGUCCUGCACUGCCACAUAUCUCAGCACGCCACGCCACAGGUGCCUGCAGGGGCACGGGCAGCUGACCAGGUUCAUGUGGCCCUUAACAUGGGUAGUCUGAUGGUACCCUUGUUCGUGCUCAUGCUUUCAGUUCUGUGGUACUUCCAGAUCCAGUAUCGCCAGUUCUUCACCGCCCCUGCCACCGCCUCCCUUGUUGGCAUCACCAUCUUCUUCAGCUUUGCAGCAUUUGGAGUCUAUCGUCGAUAGGCUGACUGACUCUGCCACCGUGUCCCUCACUUACUGUGUCCUCUCACUCCGUUCGUGAGCAAUCCGUGAUUUAUUGAGAUGAGAUUGAGUGAGAUGGCCAUCGGUUGUCUUUCUGAUUUGAGCAAGGCAGGGAAAAAUGUAUUUAAAGGAGCUGUAAAAUGUUGGAAUGGGAAUCUAAUCAUGGAUAGAACAUGCCUUCCUACCUAGUAAAAUCACCCUCUGAAAUUAUAAUGAAAUUGGAUAUAUGUUGUAUUUUUUCAAAUUAAUAACUAAAUGGUUGGCUUAUUUUGUCUACCUGUAGAGUUGGGGCCCAGCUUUUCUCCUUUCAUUUGUGCUGCAGAGGAAUUCAGUCUGAAUCCGGUGGGCUGCCUGUGAUUGGCAGGUGUGCAAAGUUAAUGAGAGGAGUAGUACAAUGGUAUAUUGAAAUGCACUGCAGGAUUUUCAAGAAUUCACCAACCAGCCCAGCAGUGCCUCUUAUUUGCUGUUUAUUUUCACUUUAGUGGAGAAGGCAUUAUUGAUGUUAUAAGGCUGGACUUGAAGCAUAAGUUGUGUAAAAUAGGGCUUUUAAAGCAUUGGAAAACUAUUAAAGCAUUCUUUUAUUUACUG